UUUACCCGACAUAAUAUAAAAUGAAUGUUACGUUUAAUUAUGCACCGAUGGUUUGCUGUUCUAUAUAGGAAUGAGGAUGGUGAGGAGGAGAAGUGUGCCGAAUCCUGUCCUUGCCCCUCUCCCGAGCCAAGACGCUGCGUGGAGAAGACUAACUUUGUCUUUGUCAAAAUGCACAAGUGUGCUACGGAGAUGCUGACGUCAGUCUUCCAUCGCUAUGGCGACGAGCGAGAUCUCGAGUUUGUCAUUUCUAGAGGUCCGCUAGGGGACUGGUAUCUGGGUUGGCCUUAUCCAAUCACGAAGCAGGUCUAUCGACCUUCCAAAUCCGGCACGUUCAACAUCAUGUGUGAACACGUCGUGUUCGACAAGGCGGCUAUGUCAAAGGUCAUGCCUGAGGAUACCGUUUACGUCACCAUCCUGAGGGAACCCUUCAGUCAUUUCAAAUCGAGCUUCAACUUCCACGGCGUCGCAAGGAUUGCUGGGAUACGUGGUGAUGACCCUAUGGACGAGUUUUUCCGUGCGCCGCAUCUGUACGACGACAUUUAUGUCUCCACCGUGAAAGCUGGAAUUCCGAACGGCGUCUCAGUUACUCGUAACUUCCUAGCACACGACUUAGGGUAUCCCAGAUGGAAAUGGGAAAACUUGACGUACGCCAAAGAGUUUGUGAAAUACAUACACCAAGAGUUCUACCUUGUUAUGAUACUGGAACACCUUAUGGAGUCCCUGUUGUUACUCAAGCGCCUGAUGUGUUGGGAGAUUCAAGAUUUACUACAUUAUCCUAUCAACGUCAUGACAUACGGGUACAAGCACGACCGACCAGGACAUCUCAUCAAGAAGCACAAGAACUGGAGCAAAGUUGACUACAUUCUGUACGACUUUUUCAACAAGACACUGUGGGAAAAGAUCAGCAGACAAGAUAAGAGCUUCUUUGAGGAGCUGGAAUAUUUCAAGAAGGUUCAGAACGCAACCAUGGCGUACUGUUAUUCCUCUGACACGACCCCACUGGUGUUAGAUGGGUCUAGGUUCAGUAACGCCAUCACAAUCACACGACAUUACUGUAUGAGGAUGAUGAGGAACACACCGCAGUACUUGGGUGACAUCUUUAAGAGGAGAUAUGACGGGACUGAGUACACUAUACAUAAGCUAUGGCCUUGGGUGAAGUGAUGAUCGAAUCUCGACAUUUAUCCUGACGUUGACAUUUUAGGUAAAUGAUAAUCAUUGCUUUGUACACGGAGAGAAAU